AUGUCUCUGACUGCAAACCCGAACCAUCUUCGGAAGCACAUAUCCCCCGAUCAACUGACUUUGGGCGAUGAUGUGGGCCGCAAAUCGGUGUCGGCAAGAAUUCGGGGCGCUCCCGCCUCCCCAGUCAGGGUGAACUUUCAGGCCGACAACUGGGCCCAGCCAUCGAAUGCCAAUAUUGAGUUGGCGCAACCCUAUCAAGCAGAGUUUGCUACAGUCGAUCGUUCCCGAGAACGAAACGCCCCGGCCUCCCAGCACACCUCGCCCCAUGACCAGGCCGCUGGACGACAAAUGCUCCCUCCUCUCAAGACUUCGACCUCCUAUACUGCCGAGCCCGAUUAUCUCAGUCCUGCGAAUUCGCUCCCGUCCAACAAAAGUGACCACGAGCAAGCCUCCCAACCGAAGCAGGAGACAAGAGGGUCCGAUAGCUUCAGCGCCCACAGCCCAUCACGAGUACAAGAUGGCAACCGCCACAGUCGAGAGUCGGGCACUACCACCUCGAGCACCACCCAACAACAAGUGUCGGCAGAAUCGUCUGCGACGACGAGUGCAAGCUCCAUUUCCGGUGGCCUCAAUGAAUCGACCGAGUACAAAGAAGAUGACUCCCCCGAGAGCUCGGUCGUGGACGGCAACAUGUCGGGGAACCACUCUGUUCCCAUGUUCCAAUACUACCACCACCAAGAGUAUCCUCAGCGCGUCUCAAGUGUUCCUCAAGAGCUUGAUGGCCGUCGAUCAUCCUCAAACCCCAGCUUGAACGCCGAUGGAACCCCCGUCAACCGUCACUUGACGCCCACUGGGUUCACCAGGAGAAGCUCAAUGCCGCGGCCGUCAUCGGCUUACUCUGCAAUCUCGGACUAUACACCUAGAGGGCGCUCCCCAGGUCUGAUGGCUGGGGGAUCCCAGAUGCGCACGCCAUCCGGUACACGCAGGUCUCCGGAAACCAGGCCAGCGUCAUAUGCAGAGCUGUUGAACGUGCCAUACCCGCAACCAGCCCCCGCUCCCAUCAGUUUCGACAACAAUCAGCUACGGAAUGCUGUUGGCAAUAAUGCGUCGCUUCUCAGUGCUCAGAAGACCCUUGAGAUGUAUCGCCAGAACGUCAAGAAGACCAACGACUUUUCUAUCCAGUACUCCUUUGCCGUUUUCCUGAUCUCCACUGCCCAAGAACAAGGCCUCGAUCCUAGCGAGCCAACACCGCGCAAAGGCAAUUCCAGCCCCAAGAACGCCUCGGCGUCAACCCCUUAUGACCUCCUCCGUGAGGCGAAGGGUAUUCUUCAGAAGCUUGCCAGCGGCGGUUACCCUUUUGCACAAUACUAUCUCGCCGAUGGGUUUGCUUCCGGCCUGUUCAGUAAGGGAAAGGAGGACUACAACCAGGCGUUCCCUCUCUUCGUCCUCGCUGCGAAGCAUGGCCACGCUGAAUCCGCAUACCGUACUGCGCUAUGUUACGAGUUCGGAUGGGGAUGUCGUAAGGACCCUGCGAAGGCCGUCCAAUUCUUGCGCAUGUCUGCCUCCAAGCGUCACCCUGGCGCCAUGUCCCGACUUGGCAAGGCUUGUUUGUCGGGCGAUUUGGGCGAGAAGCGAUACCGCGAAGGUAUCAAGUGGAUGAAACUUGCCGCCGAGGCGGCCGAUUCCGUCUACAGCGCAGCCCCCUACCAGUUGGGAUGCUUGUAUGAGACAGGAUAUGGCGAUGACAUCUUCAAGGAUGAGGUCUACGCAGCGGAGCUGUUUACCGCCGCGGCAGAGCUGGGGCACCCGGAGGCCAACUUCCGCAUGGGAGAGGCAUACGAGCACGGCAAGCUCAGCUGUCCACGGGAUCCUGCUCUGAGUGUGCACUUUUACACCGGUGCUGCUGAGCGUGGCCAUGCAGGAGCCAUGAUGGGUCUCUGUGCAUGGUACAUGGUUGGUGCCGAGCCAAUUCUGGAGAAGGAUGAGGAGGAGGCUUACGAAUGGGCGCGCCGUUCAGCCGAGAUGGGAUACGUCAAGGCGCAGUACGCUGUAGGCUACUUCACGGAAAUGGGUAUUGGCUGCCGGCGCGAUAUCCUCGAGGCCAAUGUUUGGUACGUCAAGGCCGCCGAUGCAGGCGACGAGCGUGCGAAACAGCGGCUGGCCAUCAUCCAGGCGGCUGUUAGUGGCGGCACACCUAUGGAAGUCGCGCCGCCUCGCAGCGGGAAGAUUAAGAAGAAUGGCGACGACAAGGACUGCAUAGUCAUGUGA